AUGGGAACCACACCGAGACCUAUCCCUGGUGUCAAGCCGCUGAAGACGCUCCUGCUGCCGCCGUUCGUGCUGACGCUAGCGUUGGUCGGUAUCCAGGGCGAGAGCCAUGCGAUGGACAACGUCGCGACGGAGCGGAUGGCUGAGGAGAGCCACCGCCAGGACAGCGCCAAUCUCCUCAUAUUCAUAAUGCUCUUAACGCUCACCAUUCUGACCAUAUGGCUGUUCAAACACCGCAGGUUCCGGUUCUUGCACGAAACCGGGCUCGCCAUGAUCUACGGUCUGUUGGUGGGUGUGAUCCUGCGGUUUGGCGUCCACGUGCCCCAGAGCAUGAGUGACGUGGUCCUCAGCUGUGCCGUCAACGCCAGCCCCGCCACUCUGUUGGUCAAUGUCAGUGGCCGAUUCUACGAGUACACCCUGAAGGGGGAAGUCAGCCGCAGCAAAGGUCACCAAGUGCAGGAUGACGAGAUGCUGAGAAAGGUGACCUUUGAUCCAGAGGUGUUUUUUAACAUUUUGCUGCCGCCCAUCAUCUUCCACGCUGGUUACAGUCUGAAAAGGAGACAUUUCUUCAGAAACAUUGGCUCCAUCCUGGCCUACGCUUUCAUGGGAACAGUUAUUUCAUGCUUUGUUAUCGGGUUGAUCAUGUAUGGCUUUGUGUCCUUCAUGAAAGUUGUGGGACAGCUAGGGGGAGAUUUUUACUUUACUGACUGUCUCUUCUUCGGGGCCAUCGUUUCAGCAACAGACCCAGUGACAGUGCUGGCUAUCUUCAAUGAGCUCAAGGUGGACGUGGAUCUGUAUGCUUUACUGUUUGGGGAGAGUGUCCUCAAUGAUGCCGUGGCCAUCGUCCUCUCUUCGUCCAUUGUGGCGUACCAGCCGGCAGGAGACAACAGCCACAGCUUUGAGGCCAUGGCCCUGUUGAAGUCUUUUGGCAUCUUCCUUGGUGUCUUCAGCGGAUCCUUUGCUCUUGGUGUGGCCACUGGAGUCAUGACGGCUCUCGUGACCAAGUUCACUAAAUUAAGAGACUUCCCCCUGUUGGAGACGGCUCUUUUUUUCCUCAUGUCCUGGAGCACGUUUCUGUUGGCUGAGGCCUGUGGCUUCACAGGUGUCGUAGCUGUGCUGUUCUGUGGGAUCACUCAGGCUCACUACACCUACAACAAUUUGUCCCCUGAUUCUCAGGACAGGACCAAACAGUUGUUUGAGCUGCUGAACUUCCUGGCAGAGAACUUCAUCUUCUCCUACAUGGGUCUGACUCUCUUCUCCUUCCAGUCACAUGUCUUCAACCCUUUGUUCAUCAUUGGAGCUUUUGUGGCAGUGUUUCUGGGCAGAGCAGCAAACAUCUACCCUUUGUCCUUCCUGCUCAACCUCGGCCGCAAGAACAAGAUUGGCUCCAACUUUCAGCACGCCAUGAUGUUUGCAGGUCUUCGUGGGGCGAUGACCUUUGCUCUCUCCAUCCGCGACACGGCGACAUACGCUCGUCAGAUGAUGUUUUCAACCACCCUCCUAAUCGUCUUCUUCACCGUGUGGAUCUGCGGCGGGGGCACCAUGCCCAUGCUGUCCUUCAUGAGCAUACCGGUGGGUGUGGACUCUGAUCAAGAAAACUCUAGUUCCGCAGUGUUGGAUGGGUCGCAGCGGAGGAACACCAAACACGAGAGUGCAUGGCCCUUCAGGAUCUGGUAUAACUUUGACCGAAACUACCUGAAACCCCUCCUGACGCACAGUGGACCUCCUCUCACUGCUACGCUGCCGGCUUGUUGUGGCCCAUUGGCACGAUGCCUCACCAGCCCACAGGCCUAUGAGAAUGAAGGUCAACUCCAUGACGAUGACUCUGACUUCAUCCUAAAUGACGCCAGCGUGAGCUCCAUGUACGCCGAUGUUACCGUCAGCACCGACGCAUCCGGAUCCCGCACCAUCAACCGCAAGCGCUCCUCCACCGCCAGCACCGGGUGCGGCCCGUUUGACGAAGGCCUGGAUCAUGAGCUCGCCCUGGCGGAACACGAAGUGGCGAUCAGAGGCACCCGUCUGGUUCUGCCGAUGGAUGACCCAGUGGAUCCCCCGACCACUGUCACGCUGCCCCCGCCACCCUCCCCACCACGCUCCGACCCUCGCAGGCACAGACUGUAA